AUGAUCUGGCUCCUUCGAGCGGCAUCCGAUGGUGACGCGCCGGAGAAGAUCUCGGUCGGUGUGCAGGUUUCAAUGAUCGGGUCCCUCUGGGUGCGGGCACUGGAUCCUAGGAUCCCCGCGAUGGCCGCGAGGCUCGCCAUCACCCCUUAUAUUCACGAUCACCGCCUGAGGCAAUACAAAGAGUACCAGCGGCUCCUGCGGGAGGCCCGGGCUCCGCCAGGUUGCUCCCAGUGCGGCUCGCUCCGUACGCAGUGCGCCGACCUUCAAGCUCGUUGCGUACAGCUAGAGAGGCAGCUCGUCACCACCCAGGCAGCUGUCAAAAACGGCGGCACAGACGCGGAGAGUCGCCAGGAGUCGCCCAGUACUCGGAAGCACGAGCGCCCGGGACGCAUUCGUCGCAAAGCUGUCAGGGCAGCUGCGCGCGCCGCCGCCGCCGAGAUCAUUGCCGCCGAAGAAGCAAAUGCUGUUGUUGACGACACUUCUAGGGUCCUUGCUGUCUCCGACAGGAAUAGAUCCUUUAUGGCUGAGUCGGGCAGCUCUGCUCCCACAACUUCCCUGGUGGAUCCGGUCGCAUCACCAACUGCUGCUGCUGCCGGCCUGUCGACAUCCGAGGGUGACGAGCCGGAGCUGAUCUCGGCCGGUGUUCAAGUCAGACUGCUGGUCGUUCUGGUGGCGAGGGUCAUCGGUGCAUAG